AUACUGUGGAUGUACUGCAGCCAGCUACAGAGCUAGGGUGUGUGCGUUGAUCAUGCGAAAUUGUGCCUAAUUUAAGUCGCUCAUCCUUGCUCUGUGGUCAAAAAAAUGGAGUUACAGUUUCUUUCCCUUGUAACAUUGGUCUUACUGCUUGUAAUGCAAUGUGAAGAGGUACUUACAGCUACGUGUAAAAAGGUGGAUUCUUGCACGUGCAAGUUUGACGAUGGAUCCGGUGUAAUUUCGUUGAAAACACUCGCAAAUCCGGCAGGUGGCCAACCAAGGUUUAACUUCACUCAGGCCACGAGGGAUAGUUACUUUUAUGCAUAUAAUCCCUGCAAUAGUUUCAAGUGGAAUGCACCUUGUGGAGAUGUGGCAGUUUGCCAAAUGAGCUCAGAUGGAAAGGAAAUUUUUGACGCGGGUAAUCAGCCUACAGCUUCAUUUGAUGCUGAAGGAACAACCAUUACAUACACAGCAUCAGCAAGAACCACCACUGUCAAUUUGAUCUGUAGUCCGUCAGCAACAACCCCAGUCUAUGAACCUCAAGGAGAAGGUGCUGUACAAGAAAAAUACGCCAUCAAUCUGACGUCCAACUGUGCCUGCAAGAAUGGUUGCUUACCCGGAGGCCUCAGCCCUGGUUCAGCUCUAUGUAUCAUAUUCAGCGUAUUGGUCAUACUGUAUUUGGUUGUUGGAGUUCUGUUCCUCAAAUUUGUGCGAGGAGCUGAAGGGAAAGAGCUCAUUCCAAACUAUGAAUUUUGGAAAGAAUUACCCCUUCUGAUCAAGGAUGGAGUGUUGUUUGUGGUUCAUGGAUGCAAAAGCGAUUCCAACAAUUAUGAAACGAUUUAAACUAGUCUGACUCUAAACAGAACAGCAAUAUUUUCACCCAAACUGAGGCACCACAGACAGCUGUUCCUUUUCUGCGUGUAAGUUGUAACUGACUUGAUGUUAAAGCUUUGACAAGUAUUUGUUUAUUUCAGUACCUGACUGAUAAAUCCAGUUGUUUUCUUUUCCGUUAACACUACAGCAAACCAAACUAGAAAUGCAUAGAAUUCCGAAUUGUGCUUAAAAAAACAAGAGUUUUGAGUUGACAAGAUCGACUUUAAUAACCAGUGAGUAUAAAUCUAUUGUUAAAAUGCAUUCCUGCCAGAGUUUGUGGUUAGUUAUUCUUUUGACUUUCUUAACUGCCUUGAGAUUUGAAUGCACUAUUAUGAAGUGUAUUUCUGCCAUUGGCUUGCUGUUUCGCUGAUACUACAUACACAAUGGUGAGUGCAUACAGCCACAUGUAAGUGUACAAAGUUCUGAAUGAAUUAAUUACUUGCAUACUGGCACUUGAACUUAGGGUGUCUUUAUUGUGGCUCAGUAGUUGAACAAAAUUUACAUAAACAUACCAAAUUUGUAUUUGUGGUCAGAAAGGUUAUAACAGACCACACUACACAUGGAACCAUCUGGGAUGUACUUAUGAAUGGAGAUACAGGGCGUCACGCCAGUUUUCUGUUUAGUAUGUAUAGAUAGUAAUGAUUUCCUGAUAAUAUUUCCUGAUAACAUUCUUCUGUUCAGUUGUAAACAUAGCACGUUAGAUGUGUGUAAAUGAUUAAUUACCAGCCUAUAGUAUAUUUGUAGAGGAACUGGAGCAAUGUACACACAAACUCUGAGUGGAAACCUUUUAUAGUAAAUAGAUGGCAGCUCUGUAAGCACUAAAGUUUGUGUUAUUACAUUCAAUUGUGAAAUAUAUUUUAGUAUCUGCAAUUUUAAUACUUAGUCUAGUCUAGAUCAACUUGCUGUGGCCUGGAGUUAGCCAUAUCCAUUCAAAGCUGUUACAGCUGGGUAAUUCCAGAAAUUGGGGGUCCGAAAGUGUGACAUUUUCAUGUACCUGUUCCAUCUGACCUUUGUCAUUUGGC